CAAGCUUCUUGUGUUCUGAUAGUGAUCCUACCUACCCGCAAUAGCCCCAUGCUAGUGGCAUGCAUCGGCUGGACUACCAAUAUGUGAGGUUUCACCGGACGGGAAAGACGUCUUUCAUCCCUCCACCCCCCUCUCCUUCCUCUUGACACAGGCAGUUGCCAUUUACAAAUUCCGUCCAGUCUCCUUCCAAACCACCUUGCCAUUCUUCUGCUUGCAUCGUUUUCUCCCACCUUCUGGUUUCAACAGUUCCGAACUCCGAUACCACCUCAUCCUGUUUAAAAGAACCUUCCGAUCUCACGCUCGGUCCCACCCUUCUAUCCUCUCUGGAAAUCAUACAAAACUGUACAGUCCGCCAUUCUCACCUGCUCUCAAUUCCUGAGUUUUCAUUCUUCCUGUGUGGCACUCUACGUACUCUCCAGCAUCUAACAUGGCUCACCAGAAGAAGACCAAGAUGUCGAACAGCAACAGGCAGGUUAAUGGCGAUGUUGCCUCCAACUCCGCGGUCAUCAAGCACUUGCUUGGAUACCCUAUCGUCGAGUCCAGCAUCUCGACUGUGAAGGCCAACCCCUACGGCCAAAAACUCCUCGAGGUUACCGAGAAGGUAUACCAGAUUGGAGCUCCCUUCCUCGGCUACCUCCAGGGCCCGUACCAAUAUGUCUCCCCAUACGUCCAUAAGGCCGAUGACUUGGGUGACAAGACGCUGUCCAGGAUUGAUGAGAAGUUUCCGAUUGUCAAGAAGCCGACAGAUGAGCUCGUCCACGACGCCCAGUCUCUUCUCCAGUUCCCCAUCCGCCUUGGCCAGAGCGGCAAAGAGCAUGUCCUCAGCACCUACAACACCGAGCUCGAGAAGGUCGGCGGCAAGGGCUUGAGCGCUUACUACAAGGCCGCUCUCACUACUGCUCUCACCAUUAGCACCGAGACCUACGCUACUGCCGCCAGCUUCCUCAACGCCCAGAAAGAGAACGCCAAGCAGCAAACGGCUAACGGCACGGCCAACAACUAGAGGCUGGCCAGAACACCACCGCUGGCUGACCAAGAGUCGACUAUGUCACACGGUUCGGAUAUGGUGACUACUCAAGAGACGGUCGACCCAGCUGGUAACGAUACCACGCCCCAGGCAGCUGAGAGCUUAGUAGUUCCCGUCUCGCUUUGGGGCAUGGCCUUUGGUUCUUGCGACUGAUACGACUGCGAAGGCGUUCCUUUGUGGAUUGAAGACGCAACUAUACACUAUACAACCUCACCUCUAUCUACACUGGUGCCGUAGGCGGAAUCGAAGGCUCGCUGAGGAUGUGAGCACGUGGUUGAAGCAUACGAAAAGCAUGCUUAUCACACAGACAUACAGGAAUAACGGAUGAUAUCACUUUUGGAGGGGUGCAAUUGGGUUUCUUAUCUUUUCAUCAUGGCUAUUGUUUGGACGUCGAGGUAUCUUUGCUCUUCGAAUUUUUAUUGCGUUGUCACUUGGCGUGGGUUGCGUACUGGUGGAUAAAAGAAGAAGGAAAGACGAUGUAGAUACCGGGGAGGUGCAACUUGCAAGUGCGUGGCUCUGAGCGCUUGAUACCUUCGCAGCUGAUACCACAAGUCAGGUGUUAGUUUUUACACUACGGCGGCUGUCAAUAAAGAAGUCAAAACCAUUGUUAAAUACUUGACGCAACUGCCCCUUGUUUACUCAUACAUUUUGAUCGGAACGAUGUCCACAGCUGAAUACGGUUAUGCAUUACUGAGUGGUUGGAUUGCAGCCGAUGCCGAAUUUGACAUCAUUGAACAUGCG